UCUUUUCUUUUCUUUUCUUUCUUUCUUUCUUUGGUCAGUGGUCAGGGAAUAGAGAUCUUAAGAAAAGACAGGCGGGGGGAGGGGAAGUCCUUGGGGAGGGGAACCGGGACUGCAAGGCGUCAGGAAAGGCAGGUGGUGCUUCCGUGCUCAGGGAACAGCAGAGAGGCUAAGGGGCUGAAAUGGAAUGGAGUGGGGUGUAGUGGUGGGGGAGGCCAGAGAUCUUUGGGGGCCAUGGAGAAGACUUUGGAUUUUUUGUUUUUUAAUGUGAUGGGAGAUUUUGGAGGGUUAUGAGUGGGGAGUGACAAAAUUUGGCCCUUCUGUUCGUGUACUUCAAGGCACUGGGGCACAGUGGAACAUGAAUUGGCAGAGAGAAUUGGCUGUGCCAGCCAGUUUGACCCUGGGGAGGUCAUUUACCCAGUCAGUGCCCCAGUUUCUACUCUAAAAUGAAGAAACUGGAUUAUAUGAGUAAUUCACUAGAAUCGUUUUCAUGGCCAAUUAUGAUUCUCAGAUCUUAAAAUAGUUAUUAAACAUCCACAUGUAUUGGCAGCAGUUGUUGACUAUGGGGAAGAGGAGACCCUCCCCUUCCCACUUUCUGCUCAGACUUUGGAACUUCCCUGUCUCCGCCCUGAGCCUUUCCCCUGAGCCUCACCCCUGCCUCUGAGUAGGUGUGUGUAUAGUGGUGUUUCACUGUCUUUUCAACCUGCAUUUCUCGGGUUACUACAGUAGAUGAGCAAGUCUGUGUAUUUACAUUGUCCAUUGGCAUUUACUCUCUGUUGAAGUGCCUGUUUGGAUAUUUUUCCUUCUUUUCUCAAUUAGAAAAAUUUCUUACUUAUUUUUAAAAGAUACAUAUAUUCUGAAUCAAACUCAUUGUCCCUGUAUGCUUUGCAGAUACUUGUUUGUACUUGGUGGCUUGUCUUUUUUUUUUUUUUUUUUUUUAUGGUGGUGGUAAAAUACACAUAAAAUUUACCAUUGUAACCAUUUUAAAUUGUAUGGAUCAGUGGCAGUAAGUACAUUCGUCAUGUUGUGCAACAAUUACCACUGUCUGGUUCCAAAGCUUUUCAUCACCCCUAACAGGAACCUUGAGAAAGUUCUGUGUGCACUUAGGAAGAAUGUGUAUCCUGGUGCUUUUGGAUGGAAUGUUCUGUAAAUAUCUGUUAAGUUUAUUUGGUCUAUUUAAGGCUGAUGUUCUCUUAUUGAUUUUCUGUCUGGAUGCAAGUAGGGUAUUAAAGACCCCUAUUAUUAUUGUAUAUUUCUAUCUUUAGGUCUGUUAAUAUUUGCCUUCUAUAUUUAGGUGCUUCUAUGUUGGGUGCAUGAAUAUUUACAAAUGUUAUAUCCUUUUGUUGGAAUGACCCCUUUGUCAUGAUGUAAUGCCCUUUUUUGAUUCUUAUUACAGUUUUUGUUUUAAACUCUGUUUUUUCUGGGGCACCUGGGUGGCUCCAUCGAUUGAACGACUGACUUUGGCUCAAGUCAUGAUGUCACAGUUCUCGAUUUCAGGCCCCACAUCGGGCUCGCUGCUAUCAACACAGAGCCUGCUUUGGAUCCUCUGUCCCCAUCUCCCUGCCCUGCCCUGCUUGCACUCUCUCUCUCAAAAAUAAAUAAACAUUUUUAAAAAGUCCAUUUUUUCUGAUGUGUGUAUAGCUACCCCAACAUUCUUUUGGUUUCCAUUUGCAUGGAAGAUCUUUUUCUAUUCCUUCACUUUUAGUCUGUUUGUGCCUUUUACAUCUAAAGGAGUCUCAGGGCACCUGGGUAGUUGAGCAUCUGACUCUUGAUUUCUGUUCAGGUCAUGGUCUCAUGGUUUGUGGGAUCGAGCCCUAAAUUGGGCUCUGCACUGACAGCAAGGAGCCUGCUUGGGAUUCUCUCUCUCCCUCUCUCUCUGCCCCUCCCCUGUUCUCUCUCUCUUUCUCUCAAAAUAAAUAAGUAAACAACAAAAAAAUGAAUCUUUUGGCCUUAGUCACUGACCCACCUCUGAGGACUCAGCAGCACCACCCUUGAGCCCCCUUGCUUCCCAGUGCUCUGUCCCGCAUGCCAACCUUCUCUCACCACCACCUUCCGUGGGCCGUUUCCACCAAGGGAAAGGGAUUGUAUCUUAUGUCUGCUAUCUGGAAUCUCCACUCUUUUGGCCCCUUUGCUGAUGCAAGUAAGGGUGAUAAUCUGUUUCCUGCUAAAGAUUAUAUCCAUAAGCAUUCAUCGGAGAAUAGCAGCAGAAAAAUCCAGGGGAUUGCUGAUGCUUAUGAUAAAAAGAAACUAGUGAAGGUCUUUAAGAAGAAAUUUGCCUGUAACAGUACUAUAAUUGAGCAUCCAGAACAUGGAGAAGUAAUUCAGCUACAGGGUGACCAGCACGAGGACGUAUGCCAAUUCAUAGAGAUUGGACUGGCUGAGGACGACCAGCUGAAGGUUCAUGGCUGUAAGUGCUUUUGGCUCACUGAAGCUUUAGUGAGGAUUUCCUCACAAUGAGUAGAAUUUGCCUUCUGUCCCUUGUCACCAGUUUAAAAAUCUCACAGCUUAUGUAAUGUACCCAUUUUGGAUCCACUUUUAACUUGGACUAGUGUUACUCCUUCAUGCAAUGAACUGAAAAGAGCCAAAAAGAAAAAAAAAAAAAAGACUGUAUCUCUUAUAGGCAGCAUAUAAAUGGGUCUUUUUUUUUUUUUUUUUCCUUAUCCAUAUAGCCACUCUGGGUCUUUUGAUUG